UAUGUCAGUUAGGUGUAUUCGAAUAUGUUACACUCACUGGUUAUAAUUUCAAUGGGAGAUGUAACCUAUGUUUUAUCGCUUUGCUUUUUUGGGACAAAAAAUAUUGCCUAGCAAUAAUCCUUAUUAUUAACGAUUUACUGUGUUUUCAAUUCAUUCUCAUCCAAAUAUAGGGGACAUCGCUUUUCCGGCAAAAUGAUUUACGAAGAUAAUAACAGAGUGACUUCUACAAAAUGUAAAGUGAUUACUUGUCUAGCGGUGUUUGUAACACUAUUAGAAAUCAGUAUGGUUAAGAGGUGGGAAAGUAUGUACUCUUCAACUUCGUUUUCAACGAGUGAUGAUCACAAGAAAUGGAUGAAUUAUGACUCAUAUAAAGAAAGACUAAUUGGAAAAAAUGCUACAGAAUUCGAAGCAGACACUAAGUCCAGCCUUAACGUAGACUAUCGAUCGAAAAACUUGUCGUUUCCGUUAAACCAUAUUAGUCAGCCACCAUUGGCCAUAUUCAGCAAAAUAUACAAUGAAAUAACUAAAGCCUCUACGGAAACGGCUUCAUAUGAUUUACGGUCAGAACUUAGCCGAAGAUUGAAAACCGCCAAGAACAAAAAGGUAAUAUUAAUAUGGGUUCCAAUGUUCGGAGUUAAAACUUCUUAUUCGGUUGAUGAAGAGAAAUGCGGAAAAUGUGAAGUGACAUAUGACAGAGCUAAGAUUGUAGACGAAAAUACAGGAGCUUUACUAUUUCACUUUGAUGCGAUAUCAUCUAAGAACAUGCCACCUACAAGGAAUACUAAACAUUUAUAUAUUUACUGGGACUUUGAGUCAACAGCUACAUUACGAAAUGUAAGAGGACAUUCCUUGCAGUUUGAAGAAUCUCUUCCUUUUAAUGCAACUUUCACAUACAGAAGAGAUUCGGACUUCUAUGGAGUUAUGAAGGAAAACGUUUAA